AGAAUCGUUCUUUCAAAACGAAAGAUGAAAAAAUGGAAAGUUCGAAAGAAUUGAAAGAAAUUAAUGAGGAAUUAGAAGAGAUAGGGAGCCAAAUAACGCUUCUCUUAGAGAGGCAGCAGUACUUGGUAGAAAGGAAGAAUGAAAUUGAAAAUAACUUGAGUUUUUGUCAUGAAGAAUCGACGUCAAAAGGCCAUCCUCAGCACAAGACCAAACAGGAUUUCAAAGCCACUUCUUUUCCUUGGUCUGCCGAGCUUGAAGAUGCMAGAAAAAACAUCUUCAAUAUCGGUAAAUUCCGUCCAUUACAAUUAGAAUGCAUUAAUGCUACCAUGUCUGGUUGUGACUGUAUUCUUAUAAUGCCCACCGGAGGGGGCAAAAGCUUGUGUUUUCAGCUUCCGGCCGUCGUUUCAAAAGGUUUAACGUUAGUUGUCUCCCCCCUGGUUUCAUUGAUGGAAGAUCAAUUGAUGGCAUUAGAGAGACUUCAAAUUAAAAGCGAAAUGUUGAGUGCAGAUAGCACUAGGGAGAAAGUGAACUCAGUCCAUGCCGCCAUGUUGGACAAGAAAUCUGGCUUGAAGAUCUUGUACGUCACACCUGAAAAGAUUGCCAAAAGUAAAAGGUUUAUGGCAAAACUAGAAAAAUGUUAUGAAGCUGGUUGUCUUUCAAGAAUAGUAAUCGAUGAAGUUCACUGUACAAGUCAAUGGGGUCAUGAUUUUCGCCCAGAUUACAAGAUUCUUGGUAUAUUGAAACGACAAUACCCAGGGGUACCCAUACUGGGACUAACAGCAACAGCAACUACUAAAGUGAUUGAAGAUGUCAAGAAGAUCUUAGAUCUUAAACCAGACUGUGUGAUGCUGAGGGCAUCAUUUAACAGGCAUAACCUAUUCUAUGAGGUGAGAUAUAAACCACCCAGUAGUAAAGACUUCAUGGAUGACAUUCACAGUUUAAUCUUGUCAAAGUUCUCUGGSCAAUCAGGCAUUAUUUAUUGUUUAUCAAGAAAUGAUUCAGAAGAAGUGGCAAAAGAACUCACAACACGCGGCAUCAAAGCUUCUUGUUACCAUGCUGAUAUACCUUCAGCACAACGCAGCCAAAUUCACCUUAAAUGGACUCAAAACAGAAUACAGGUUGUAGUUGCUACAGUUGCAUUUGGCAUGGGCAUCGACAAGCCUGAYGUACGCUUUGUGAUUCAUCACAGCCUCAGUAAAUCAAUGGAAAACUAUUACCAGGAGAGUGGACGAGCAGGACGAGAUGAUAUGCCAUCAUUUUGUAUUCUUUAUUACAGGCCUUUUGAUGCCUUUCGACAACUACCAAUGGUGUUCACUGAGCAAACAGGAAUCCAGAAUCUCUAUAACAUCUUAAGAUAUUGUCAAGAGGAGAGAAUGUGCCGCAGGGCUGUGAUUGGUCAGUAUUUUGGAGAACAAUGGAAUCCAAAAAACUGCCAAAACAUGUGUGAUCACUGUUCAGAACAAACAGAGGGAAUUAAUGUGACAGUAGAAUCCACUGACAUAACAGAAUACACAAGCAACAUCAUACAAAUUUUGUCCCAAGCCAAGAGCCUUGGUGAAAGAGUGACUCCAAAUAAACUGGUUGAAGCCUGGAAGGGSAAGGGACCUCCAGUUCUUCGCAUCAAGAGAAUUACUCCACCAAGUCUUACCCAAGACCAGUGUGAAAGGCUGAUUGUUCAUCUGUUAUUGAAGGGAUUUAUCAAGGAGGAGUUUCACUUUACACCAUAUUCUACAAUAAGUUAUCUUGUCAAGGGAACAAGGGCAGAUAUGGUCAUGCGUGGUUUGAGUGUAAAGAUGGAAUUACGGGAAUCUGACAAACAAACUGUCAAGGUGAAAAGCAAGCAGCUUAAAAGCAAAGCUAAAAAUGCCUUGAGCAGAAAAACRCAGCUUCUUGAUGCAUUGCCAUCUGCAGAACCAUCAAGUAAAAGAAAGAGAAAAACAAAAGACAGUCCRCCACUACCAACCACCAAGGAACCGUUUCUAAUUGAAUAGGGAUACUCCCCUAUAUUUGCUAUACGGCUAUGUGCCGCCCUAUAGGGUAUGGUUUUUCGGCUUUUGG